AAACUCUCUCAGUAGUUUAGUGAAGCUUGAGCCUUCAAGACGUGUAAAACUGGAACAGAAAUUUCUCCAGGAUGAGAUUCGGUUACAAUGUUGCCCUUACCGGGUUAUUGCUCGUGAUUGGUGUAGUUCAAGUGCGCAGUGAUACAUGUCCGGUGUUUUUGACCCUGUCUUCGCUAGCGAGGCACAUCGAAGAUGCAUUUUUGGUAAUAAAUUGGGGCCCAGAUUGUGAGACACCGCCCGAUUGGAUAGGACUUUACACGACGAAUCCCGCAUUGUCUGACGAACCUCCGGUAAUGAAAGUUUACGUAGAAGGUCAAAAAUCUGGUGAAAUAGUGACUGAAGUCAAAUUUGGCAAGCCACGCCUCCCGGGAGGAUGGAGCUACGACGAAGUCCUGCGUCACAUCCCUAAACGACGAGCCAAACCGCUUUGCUUCGACUUCUACCUGCUCAGUCACAAUCAGGACAAUGAACUCCAGACCUUCGACUGCCUCAAAAUCCAGCCAAAUUGGAUGUUCACCGAACGCAGCAUCGGCAACGUAUCCCUGAAAGACCUCUUCCUUCCGGGAACUCAUUGCUCGGCUUGCUAUCAAACCAAAGCCAAUGUUAACCAUAUCUUUUUGAAGCGAGUUGGGUACCGUCAAGACCUGGACAUAUGGACUCAACUCGUCUUCGGAAUUCGCUACCUGGACUUCUCCAUCGGCUACCAUCCAUCGCACAAUGGAACGCGCAACUUCUGGGUCAUGAACGAAAGCUACCGAGUAGGAUGGAUCGUUCCGAUCCUUCACGACAUCCGCCGGUUUGCGAUCCUCUCGGAGGAAACCAUAGUGCUGGAUUUCCGCCGCUUCCCGCUGGGAUUCCACAACCACCCGGAACAGCACAUUGAGUUCAUGCAGAUCUUGGAGCAGGAGCUGGGUGACCUGAUCUACCACCGGCCGUACUUCGGAGACGAGGAUAAGGACGAUACAGAAUCCUACCAGCUCACCAUCGAUCAGAUGCGACGGGAGGGAAAGUACAUCCUCGUCACGUACAGUCACGCGUCCAGUUUGAAUGCUUCCGAUCUCAUAUGGGCGCCAUGGAAAAAGCACUCCAGUUCGUUCCUCAAGCACACGGAGUUGGGUGAGUUCAUGAAGAACCUCUUCUCGCAAAAGCAUCCGGAUGCCCCGAAGGAUAUCGGAUGGAGUCUGCACGGCGUUCAGGGCCUACAGAGCAGCUAUACCGCCGAUGAAGCUUACAUGAUGCCAAAGGAGCGUGCCAAUUUGAUCAAUCCGAAGCUGAUGACGAUGCUCGGUGGACCUUGGAGUUUGCGAGCCAACGCAGUCCUGCUAGAUUACUUUACCAACACCAAUUUGAUUGAUAUGGCGGUGCACACCAAUCGGUACAAGACGUUGAAGAGCUUCGGCGAGGAAGUGGUGGUUUUGGAUAUUCAGUGAUUGUGACUGGAAAAUCUAGAGUAUUAAAACAGGAUUGUAGGGUAUUAGGAGAAUAGAAGAGAUUAAGGAUUUGUGCGAAUUUCAAAAGUCAUGACUAGAUUAGAAUGUGCUUCGAAUUCUAAUAUGAGUAUUUUAAUAAAGAUAGAUUGUAAGCUUAACGUAUUUUAAAAUUAAUUAUAGUCGCAUCGAUUGCCACCUAUCAAAUAACUGAUAAUUACUUCAGUGGCACUCAGUAAGAUAUAUUAUAUUUUAUCAAAAUAGGAACUUUUGCUUCAAGUACAUCGUACAGUAUAUUUUUAAUUUUAGGAAAAAUAAAAAAAGUUGAAAUGUAACAAAAUAUGUUAAAUGGA